AUGUCUUCCUCGUCCUCGGCACCGUACGCGCUCGAGCGCGCCAUCGCCAUCUCGGCGGUGGAGCGCGCAUGCUCGCUCACCGACAAAGUCUUCCGCAACCUCGUCACUGCCGACACGGUGACCAAGAAGGACAAGUCGCCGGUGACGGUGGGCGACUACUCGGCGCAGGCGGUGGUGAACGCGAUUCUGGGAUCGCACUUCCCCGACGACCCCAUCGUGGGCGAGGAGGACUCCAAGGAUCUGCAGAAGCCCGAGUCCGAGAGCCUGCGCAACCAGAUCUUUGCACUCGCCAACGAGGCGCUCAAGAACUCGGCGGCCGAGUGCCCUGCGGUGGCCGAGGCCGAGGCGUCGGCAUCCAAGUCGAGCGCGCUGGCGGGCGGUGACCGCGAGCUGACCGAGCAGGAGCUGCUGGCGGCCAUCGACCGGGGCUGUGCCGAGGGCGGAGACAAGGGCCGAUGCUGGGCGCUCGAUCCCAUCGACGGCACCAAGGGAUUCCUGCGCGGCGGUCAGUAUGCGGUGUGCCUCGGCUUCAUGGUGGAUGGCAAGGUGCAGGUGGGCGUCAUGGGCUGCCCCAACCUGCCGCACGACGCCUCGUCGCCCAAGCCCAAGGAGGGCGAGUUCGGCGCGGGAGACAAGCGCAAGGACCUGGGUACGCUCUUCAUCGCCGUGCGCGGCCAGGGCGCGUAUCAGCGACGCAUCGAGGGUGGCGAGGAGCAAAAGAUCUCGAUGCGCUCGAUCCAGUCGCUUUCGGAAGCGUCGUUCUGCGAAUCGGUCGAGGCGGGCCACUCUUCGCACGGCACCAACGCACGCAUCGCGGAGCUGCUCGGCAUCACGGCGCCUUCGGUGAGGAUGGACAGCCAGGCCAAGUACGCCAGCCUGUCGAGGGGCGAUGGCGACGUCUACCUGCGUCUGCCCGUGGGCGACGGAAGCUACAUCGAAAAGAUCUGGGACCACGCCGCCGGAUCGCUGCUCGUCGAGGAGGCGGGCGGACGCGUGUCGGACAUCCGCGGCAAGGAGCUCAACUUUGGCGUCGGACGCACUCUGCGCGACAACCGCGGCGUCGUGGCAUCGCACAAGGAUGUGCAUGCCAAGGUGAUUGACGCCGUGCGCAAGGCGCUCGACGAGGAGGGUCGCGGACAUCUCUAG